AUGGAUGACAGCAGUAUUAACAAAGAACUAAAGCAGAAGUUGAAUGUUUCCUACUGUGAAGAAGAGAGCGAGAGUGAGGGGCAGAAGGAGGCACCAGAAAGCAGGGAGACCCAGAGUCAAACCCCAGACUGGGCUGAAGGCCAGGAGUCAGAGGCAAAGUUCACACCUCCCAGGACUCCCUCCAGUAGCAUCCAUGGAGUGGGCACAUUUGAGGAAAAAGACAAGAUGAGUCCAGAUCAGGCUUUGAGGACUCCAGGGCCAGGCUUUCACAAAUGUCCUGGGACACCAGCCCAGCCAGACAGCAGGAGCGAGGUGGUGCAUUGCGAGAGCCCCUACACUCCCAAAAGUCUGCUAAGCCAGUCAGUGAUUUCUUCAACAGAGAAGCUCCCCUCCAGAGGCUCUAAGCAUUUGAGGUUCACACCUGUUCCCUUUGUGGAUGAGAUGACCUCGUCAGCUCUGGUCAAUAUUAAUCCCUUUACCCCAGAGUCCUAUAGAAAACAAUUCCUUCGAUCCAAUGGCAAGAGGAAAACUCGAGGAGAUCUUGAGGAAGCUGACCCAGGGGAAGGCAAGGUAGAACAAGGGCUGCCUGCCAAGAGAUGUGUUCUACGAGAAACCAAUAUGGCUUCCCGCUAUGAAAAAGAAUUCUUGGAGGUAGAAAAAAUUGGAGUUGGGGAAUUUGGUACAGUCUACAAGUGUAUUAAGAGGCUGGAUGGAUGUGUUUAUGCAAUAAAACGGUCCAUGAAACCUGUUGCAGGAUUAUCAAAUGAGAAUUUGGCUCUGCAUGAAGUUUAUGCUCAUGCAGUGCUUGGGCAUCACCCUCAUGUGGUCCGUUACUACUCUGCAUGGGCAGAAGAUGACCACAUGAUCAUUCAGAAUGAAUACUGUAAUGGUGGGAGCUUGCAGACUGCUAUAUCUGAAAAUACAAAGUCUGGCAAUCAUUUCCCAGAGCUGAAACUCAAGGACAUCCUUCUGCAGAUUUCCCUUGGGCUUAAGUACAUCCACAACUCUGGCAUGGUGCAUCUGGACAUCAAACCUAGUAACAUCUUCAUUUGUCAUAAAAUGCAAUGCGACUCUCCUGUAGUCCCAGAGGAGAUUGAAAAUGAAGCUGAUUGGUUUCUCUCUGCCAAUGUGAUGUAUAAAAUUGGUGACUUGGGUCAUGUGACAUCAAUAAGCAAACCAAAAGUGGAGGAGGGAGAUAGUCGCUUCUUGGCCAAUGAGAUUUUACAAGAGGAUUAUCAGCACCUUCCCAAAGCAGACAUAUUUGCCUUGGGAUUAACAAUUGCAGUAGCUGCAGGAGCAGAAUCUUUACCCGCAAAUGGUGCCAAAUGGCAUCAUAUCCGUGAGGGGAACCUUCCAGACAUUCCUCAGAAGCUCUCAGAAGAAUUUCACAAUCUACUCAAGAACAUGAUCCACCCUGACCCAAGUGAGAGACCUUCUGCAGCAGGUCUGGCCAGAAGUCGAGUUCUCCGGCCCUCCCUCAGGAAAGCGGAAGAGCUCCAGCAGCAACUUAACUUGGAAAAGUCCAAGACAGCCACACUAGAAAGGGAACUGAGAGAAGCUCAGCAGGCCUGGUCCCCCCAGGAAGAGCAUAGUGACCCUGGGGUCUCUGGGACCCCCACAGGAUCAAGAUGUACCAAACGCCUGGUAGGAGGAAAAAGUGCAAAGUCUUCAAGCUUCACCUGUGGGAAGUCUUCCCCAUAAGAACUCCCUUCACACCAACCCAUCUUUUGCCUUAGUGCUUCCAGAAAUAGUUAUUGACCAUGUCAACCUUCUUGUAAAUGGGAAGAUUAACCAACUUGAAUGCCCAAAGAUUUCAAUAACCACUCCUAAUUUAGCAUUUACAGCCAAGGUCCUCAAGCUAGUAAGGCCCUGUAUUAGCAACGUCCCAGAUACAAUAACUGGAAGCAUUUAUCUUCUCUAUUGAUAUAUUCCUAAGGCUACCUAUCAACAGUUUGUUCACUUGUCACGCUCACUGAUGCACAGUGGGAAAGCACGCAUCUCUGAACUGAAAGAGAAGGCAGUGGCCCUAGGCACGCCAUAUGGAAUAAGAGGCUGCUGUAGCUGGUUGCCUACUGAGGAACAGGGACUCUCCCUGCACGUAGAAAGGAAUAUAAUUUUGUUUUGAAUUGAGGUAACUGCUUUCAAGAAAUGUGCAUGUAUUUCAGUAAUGCUUCUUAGGGGUAAAUGAUGGUAUUCCUAAAAUAAUUCUCAGCCACUUUGAGCAAGUGGUUUUCCUACUGUAUUCUUUCAGUGAAGACAAUCCUUUCCUCUGAUAGUAUAUUUAUUAAAUAAAUGGCUUCAACAUUAUGUGAGGUGGGUAGAGAUAGACUAUCUAUAACUUGUAAUUUCUGAACUGGCUAUUAACUUAUGGAACAAGACCCUGGGUAUGGGGUUCAGGGAACAUUUAAUGUGGUGGUUCUUCAAAAUAUUUGCCCUAACCCUCUUGUAAUUGUUAGGAUUGGUUUUGAUUUUCUGGGUGUCACCAAAUUCUCCUUGACUUUUAUCAGAAUUUGGCUUUGUUUCCUGUGAUUUUAUCAUAUUUUAAUCCUGAUUAUUUUCUCUGUAUAUAUAUUUUAAGGGAAUAGAACAUUUGUAAAUAAAGGUUUUUAUCUUGUCCA